AUGUCUAAAAAGCAAAAGAAGGAAAUCACAACAACUGUUACUAGUGAAGAUCACUUCAUGACUUUUUAUAAUGAAAACAAUAAAAAACUUAUUGUCGUUGAUGUUUACCCUGGAUGGUCCGGUCCAUGCACUGCUAUGUAUCCUACCUAUAAUUAGUUAAUGAUAAGCAUUGAUGAUUUCGAAAAAAGAAUUGAUAUCUUAUUACUCGACCAAGAUAAAUUAGUUACUUAUAAAAAUGACAAAUUUCACGCAACUUGCUAGCCUAAAUUCUUAUUUAUAUCCGAAGGAAAAAUUAUUGAUGAAGUUUUAGGAACAAAUAUCCCUGUUUUCAUAGAAAAAGUUAACAAAUAUAUUCCAUUAUCAUAUUGA